AUGUCAACCGGGGAAAUAUAUAUACCUCAGUUUGUGGAUAUCGAGGCUCUGAAGGAUGGAGAUCCGGAUGAAGAUCUGGAGGAUGUUGAUGAAUGCGAAUACGAAGAUUUCUUGGAUGACUCUGAGCCCGCAGCAUGGCAAGCUUCGACAUCCUCACCAGAAAAUUCUGCAGAUAUCAAUGGCAGUGAAGAGAUCGAGCAAUAUGUGCACAAUAUCACUGAUCCGAAAUGCUGCAAGAAAUUUCAGCAAGCAUUUCCCUCUGGCACAUAUGAUGCAAGAGCGUGGCACUCAAGACCAUCUAGUGACCUUUCUCCUCCGAAGACGACAUGGGGACCAGUUCUCAAACAGAUACCCUUGGAUGAGCGAGCCACAACUCUUGGAAUGCUGCAAAGAAGGCCAGCUGAGGAGGGUGACUGGGUCAUUGUGAGGCAAGGUCCAUAUCAUGGAGAUAUGGGGAAUCGUUCACAUACCAAGCAUGGACUGUGGUGUUGGGGAAAGACUUUUUACCGUUUUGGCACUAGUAUGGACAUUCACGCCAUCACUAAACCUCGCCAGAACAAGAAGAAUGAGAUUGAGCAUGGACUGCUGAUACUCAAAUGUCGCCAUGAAGCCAUCGUACCAGCCACAACUGCCAUGUUGUCAAUCCUUAACCUCUUCCAUCAAAGCGCUCAUCCCACUGUACUCGCCACAGAACAUAGGGCACUGUGUCCGCAUGAAUGGUGGUUUGAAAAGGAUGAGCAAGUGGAAGGAAGGGUCAUUGUGAUGAGCAUGCAUGGUGUUGAGAUUUUAUUGAAUGAUGGUGCCAGAGUGCACCUGUAUCCUUUCUAUGAUGUGCUCAAGGUCUUCAGUAUUGGAGAUUACGUGCAUGGUGUUGACAGAGGAUGGGAUGGUUUUGUUCAAGCCAUGUCAGAUUUCUGCCUAUCCAUGCUCAUGAAACAUGAGGAUGGUAACUUCGAGGAAUUCAGCUGUGGUAAAAAUACUAUGCAGAAAAUCAAUCCUCCAUGGAAAGACGGCAAUCUCAUCGACACCAGCAAUUGGAUAGAUGACACUAAGGAAUAUACCAUCAACCCUCGUAAUCUGGUAGAGGAAACGAUAAUGGGAGCAGAUUAUGAGUGGUCAUCAUUCUGGAGAGCUACGACCCUAGUAUCACAAACAGAGAACACACGCUGCUCAAAGCCUCUCAGGGUGCUUUUUUGCCUUGUCGUUCCUUCAUUGAGUCUGGAUGUGAGGAAAUUAUUGCCAGGGACACAUCCUCCAGGGUUGGUGUUCUUUUCUGAGAAUAUCUACAGCUUGGACAAUCAGGGUCUUUGGGUUACUGAUCUUUGCCUUCUGGGCCUGGAGCUUCGUGUACAGGUUUCAGGCAAACCAAUGACAAUGAUAACGCAAUUGAAUGCAGACAACACCACUGUGGAUGUUUAUUUGAAAAAGGGAAAGAGGAAAAAGGUCCUCGUUUCCCUCCUGGUGGUACAGGCGAUGAAGCCCUCUACCCUGCAUAAUUAUGAGCAUUGGGUUGUUAUCAAAGGCAAAAAUACUGGAAAACAUGUUUGCUCAAUAUGCUAUGAGAAGAGCAUGACUCCAAAAUUACCUAUCUGGUGGACUGUCACUGUUGUCCUUCCCUCUGCUUUUGGAGCAGAUACAUUAACAGGAGAAGAAUUGCAUGUUGAAUCAACGUGUCUAUGUCUUGAAGACAAGAGUGCGGACUCCAAGCACCGCAAUAUGCAGCUUAGCUGA